UACAGCAAAAGUUCUCCUUAAACCUCAGCAGGCCGAACCCCACACAAACCGAGCAACUUACAAAGAGGAGAAAGAGGGACUCGACGAAGGUUGUUAAUGGCGAAAAGGAUUUUGGGUGCCCUACAUCACCAUCUGCGACGCAUUCAUCAUGUUCGUCCUCCUCUUCAGGGCGUUUCAUGUAGUCGAGCAUUUUCAACAAUCAUCGAGACUCCAAAUUCUAGUGAUGGUGGAAUCCCUUCUGACUUACUUAUGCCUAAGAAAACUGUGUUAGUUCCAGAUCGCACUCAAGGAGUGUACCAGGAUCUAAUAAUCCCUGUUACCAAUUUUCAUUUUGAAGACAAAGGACUUAUGACGUUAGCUGGAGAUGUAUUUGAUGUACCAAUUAGGAAAGAUAUUGUGCACAAAGUUGUAAGAUGGCAGCUUGCAAAGCGCCAACAGGGAACUCAUUCCACAAAAACAAUCAGCGAGGUCAGUGGAACUGGGCGAAAGCCAUAUCCACAGAAGGGUACUGGUCAUGCAAGGCUGGGAUCACGACGUAGUCAUCAGCAAAGAGGUGGUGCUACCAUGCAUGGUCCUAAACCGCGGAGUCAUGCCUUUAAAGUGAACAAAAAAGUUCGGCGUUUAGGAUUGAAGGUAGCAUUAUCUGCACGCGCUGCAGAAGGGAAGCUUCUAGUUUUUGAUGAUCUGGAGGUCCCUACUCACAAGACCAAGAACAUUGUUAACUGGGCCACUGAAAUGGAGAAUGCGAAGAAAUUUCUGUUGGUUGAUGAUGGUCCUAUAAAUGAAAAGUUGAAAUUGGCCACGCAGAACUUGCAUUAUGUUAACGUGUUACCUUCAAUUGGUUUGAAUGUCUAUAGCAUCUUGUUGCAUGACACCCUGGUAAUGUCUCGCGGCGCUGUGAACCGUAUAGUUGAGCGAAUGCACACUCCCAUUAACCGAUGAGGAUAUGACACUGAGGUGAUAAUAUACUCAAAAGUUGCCUUUAUUCGGACUCUUGGUAGUUGAAUGAUUUAAUGACAUUUUACACAUCGAAGAAUUUUGGAUCUAGAAAUGGGAUGUAUUUUCAGCCUAUUAAAUUCAAUUUGUAGCUUAGGAUGCUAUGUAUUUUAGUUUCUAUGGAUGUAUUGGCAUUGGCAAAUCAACAAUAUGUGGCUUUUCUUAGAGCUGUAACUCAUUUUGACUGUAUCCCUGGUUUGUUAAAGUAAGCUUUGAUGCUUCAAUAAUGAAACAAAUUCUUUUUCUUUA